UCCAGCCUUCGCCAUGAGCACCACUGUCAGGCAAUACUCCUCCUCCACCUCCCUCAAGGGAUUCGGUGGCCUGGGUGGAGGCUCCAGCAGGCUUUCCUCCGUGCGUGUUGGGGGAGGAGGGUACAGAGCCCCCAGCGUCCACGGAGGCUCUGGCAGCUACUCUGUCUCUUCCCGCAUCGUCUCGGGGCUCGGCAGUGGCUAUGGGGGCAGCUACUGCAGCAGCGUAGGAGGGGGCCUCGGCAGUGGCUUUGGGGGUAGCUAUGGGGCUGGCUUUGGGGCUGGCUUUGGAGGUGGCUUUGGAGGUGGCUUUGGAGGGGGCCUCGGCAGUGGCUUUGGGGGUAGCUAUGGGGCUGGCUUUGGGGCUGGCUUUGGAGGUGGCUUUGGAGGUGGCUUUGGAGGUGGCGAUGGCAUCCUCCCGGCUGGCGAAAAGGAGACGAUGCAGAACCUCAACGACCGCCUGGCUGCCUACCUGGACAAAGUGCGUGCCCUGGAGGAGGCCAACACUGACCUGGAGGUCAAGAUCAGGGAAUGGUACAAGAAGCAGGGACCUGGUCCAGACCGUGACUACAGCCCCUACUACAGGACUAUCGAGGAGCUCAGGAACAAGAUUCUUGCUGCAACUGUUGAAAAUGCCAACAUCGUCUUACAGAUUGACAAUGCCAGGCUGGCAGCUGAUGACUUCAGAACCAAGUUUGAAACAGAGCAGGCUCUGCGCCUGAGUGUGGAGGCUGACAUCAACGGCCUGCGCAGAGUCCUGGAUGAGCUGACCCUGGCCAGAGCUGACCUGGAGAUGCAGAUCGAGAACCUGAAGGAGGAGCUGGCCUACCUCAAGAAGAACCAUGAGGAGGAAAUGAAUGCCCUGCGCGGGCAGGUGGGUGGAGAGAUCAGCGUGGAGAUGGAUGCUGCUCCUGGAAUCGACCUCACCAAGAUCCUGGCUGAGAUGAGGGAGCAGUAUGAGAGCCUGGCCGACAAGAACCGCAGGGACGCCGAGCAGUGGUUCUUCAGCAAGACAGAAGAGCUGAACCGGGAGGUGGCCAUCAACACGGAGCAGCUUCAGAGCGGCAAGACGGAGAUCACAGAGCUACGACGCACCAUCCAGAGCCUGGAGAUCGACCUGCAGUCCCAGCUCAGCACGAAAGCGGCAUUGGAGGGCACCUUGGCCGACACAGAAGCCCGCUACGGCACCCAGCUGGCCCAGCUACAGGGGCUGAUCACCAGCGUGGAGGAGCAGCUGGGUGAGCUGCGGUGCGACAUGGAGCGCCAGAACCACGAGUACAGGGUCCUCCUGGACGUCAAAUGCCGCCUGGAGCAGGAGAUCGCCACAUACCGCCGGCUCCUGGAGGGCGAGGACGCCCACAUCUCUUCCCAGUACUCCUCUGCUAUGUCCUCACACUCGGGCAGAGAUGUCAUGACAUCUUCCCGUCAGGUCCGCACAAUCGUCGAGGAGGUGCAGGACGGGAAGGUGGUCUCGUCCCGGGAGCAGGUUGCGCUCACCACUCGCUAGGAGGGCA